CGUGACGUUUAAUGUUUUCCGUUGACAAUAGUGUAUUUCACAGAGGUUAUAAUGUCGGAAAAAGAAAGUACUCAGACAAAGAAAUAUUUCACAGUGUGUGGUGACUGUACAGAUGAGAUUAAAUUCGUGUUCGACGAUGGACAAACAUUAUAUGUUUCUGAAAAUCUGCUUAGCUAUGCCUCACCGGUAUUUAAAGCUAUGUUUGAGCAUAACUUGAAGGAGAAGACAGAACGGGAAGUAAAGUUGACAGAGAAAAAUUAUAAAGAUGUAUUAGAGUUCCUGCUUUGUUUGCACCCAGCUGUUCAGCGAGAAAUCACAACAAAAAAUGUUUUAGAUGUGGUCGGGAUAGCAGAGGAGUAUCAGGUUGACUUGCUUAUCAUGAGAUGUAAAAAUGUGAUGACUAAAUGGCUAGAAAGCGAACUGGAAUAUGUAAAAGGAUACGGUAUAGGUGAUACAACUCUUCGGGAACGGACAGCUAACUGUCUAACAAUAUUACACAAAGCACUCGAAUGCAGAUACACAACCGUCGUUGAUCAUGCUAUUACCAUUAUAAGCAAGUUUGGCUACGGUGUUUUCAGCGGAACGUUAAAACUCGGCCCAAAAGGUAGCAAUAUCAAUACUACCAGAAAUAAUUCAUCGCCUUCACGGGGAAAUUAUAUACACGGUGACAGUAAAGAAGGAGACUCGAAGUGCCAGAAGCUAUUUUCCACUCUACCUGAUAACAUAAAGUAUAGAUUGCUUGUAGAAAGGCUCAUGACUUGUGACAAAAACAUAAUGUAUUAAAAACUUGACUGUUUAGAAUUACUGUUUUGUUUAACAUUCAAACCUGAAUAAAGUGUUAUUUAAUAUUUGCAGAUAACAAGCUAUUUUAUAGAUUAACAAUUAUUAUCAAUUUGAGAAAUAAUGUCCAACCUCACAUGUGUAAACCCUUCACUGUGGACAUAUUUUCGCAGCUGGAACAUAUGUCUCCUUAAAACGAAUUACGUCGUCCUUGUUAAAUGCUGUGGUCCAAAGUAACGGGACGGACUGGAAGUAAGGUUACCGGAUCAUAACCAUAAUCUGAUUUAAAUACAAAAUGUAGUCAUAUUGCUGAAGUAAGCGUAGAGGCCUAACCUUUUAGUUAACUGUCUUCAUAUAACAAUACAUGAAACCCGCAAUAAUGGGAUGCCUCUGAAAAACUCUUCUUGUCUGGAUACAGGUCUACAUAUAAGCUGCAUUACCAUGUGUUCAUCACAGUUGUGUAAAUCUGGUAUAAUAAUAAUAAUAAUAAUACGAAAAGGUAUGCUAUGAAUACCCUGAUUCUUCUUCGAAAAGGUACCCUGCUUAUACAACGAAAAGGUAGGCUAUGCAUAUCCUGCCAAUGCAUACCCUGUUUAUACUACGAAAAAGUAAGCAAUGCAUACCAUGUAUCUACCACGAACAGGUAUGCAUUACAUACCCUGCUUAUACAAGAAAAAAAUAUACAAUGCAUACCGUGAAUCUAUGACUUAUAUUCCUUAUAUGUACAUAGUAGGAAACUGUCAGGGAACUGCGGGCCCAUUUGAAAUAAUUACACAGGAAUGUUUUAGGGUGAUCUUCUAACAGGUUUAUUCAAAUAAUUCUGACUUUUAAGAGUAAGAUUCAUAGCCACCAGCUUCCCUAUGUGCAUAUAGUGGAAAUUAUAAAAAUCUUCUUUCCCGAUUUUUAAAAUGUUUUACAAAAAUGUUUCUUUGGUAACUUUUACCAGGAUUGCUCUAGUUAGUCCACUUUGUCAAAACAUGAUUUCAUAAACAGCAGUAAAAUUUUAAACGCCAUUUUCCAAAACUACUGGUCCAGUUUUGAAAUACAUUCACAGAAAUGUUCCUUUGAGAGUGAGAGAAAAAAAAACAUGUCUUCUGGAGGCGGGUAUAAAAUUCCACAUAAAAACUGGUUUUCUACAAGUUAAAGCAUAGCAAAAGUUCCUUCUAGGGCACAUCUCUCUCUCUCUCUCUCUCUCUCUCUCUCUCUCUCUCUCUCUAUAUAUAUAUAUAUAUAUAUAUAUAUAUAAUGAUCAUCUUGUAAAAUUUUGGUCGCAGUGUCUGUUUUAUACUGCCAAAAAAUGUCAAACUUACGCUAGUUAUUAUUUAACAUAAAUUGUUAAAUCCAACAACAAAUUAAAUCUGUUACCACUUUCAGUUGAGUAAAUACGGCAAUAAGACAUUGACCCGGUCAAUCCGUUAUCAUGCGACGCGUGAAUUUGUUGCACAUAAUUAGAGGGUCGCAAUGGGGUUUCAAGUGAGAGAUUUUCACGGUUUUCACAUAUUAACCAUGCAUUUGAAGAUAACGAUAAUAUUUAGUUGUUUACAUGUAAAUUUGCUGAUAUAAUGUCUAUCUCUUUAUACAUAUGUUAUGUUCUUCAAGAAUGGAGGAAAUAAAAGAAUCAGUUA